AUGCUAGCAGCUACAGUAAGUACUUGGUGCAACAAAACCCUUGCGGCAGCAAAAGACACACAGAUACACAGAUUCGCAAACACACAAACACACACAAACACAUACAUACAAACACACACAUACACACACAUACAAACACUUCGAGUUUUUUAG